AUCCCGUCCUGCUUCUCAGUGCGUCAACAAUAUCUAUCUCCUACGGUACUGCUCUUCAAAACACGUGAAUAUUAUUUAUAUUUAUUAAACGAUUAUCAUACAUGAAAACAAUACGAUAAUCUUACUGAUCAAAUGUUCAUUACUAUUAGCACAUAUGAAUAUACUAUGAUAAAUACAUGUAUAAUGUUGAAUAUUCUGUGUCGUUUGUUACUGAUGUUGUACAAAUUUUCAAUCUUCAACUCUGACGAGUGGAACGUUUUUUGUGAAAAUAUCCUGCGCAAGUCAAAAAACCAGACGAAUUAUUACUACAAUAUAGGGGCAUGGGGUUGACAAAAAUAAUUCCCAGUAUUGUUAUAUGCUACAAAAUAUUCGAUUUGAAGGAUGUCUAUCAUAUUAACAUAUUGAAUACCUAUCUUAAAUGUUUUUACAAUAAGAAUAAGAAUUUUUGUACAGUACCCAUGUUUAUUAUGUUGCAGGAAUUAUUGAAAAAUGACUGACCCACCAGUGUCCAAAGAUUCAGAGCAGAAGCAGGUAGUGGAGGUAAACAUAGAGGGCCAACAACAGCAGGCUAAUAACAACACAGCUCCAAACAAUAACGCUCAACCACCAAAUCAGGAAACACAGCGCACUGCCAAUGCAACGCUGUCCGCGUUGAUCGAGGAGAAUGUGCUGAAUUUGCUGACCCAAGUGGACACAGCCAACGAAGCCGACCUCAGGUCGAAGAACACCGAGCUGCUCGGCUACCUGGCCAAGUUGAUCGACCUACUCAAGGAGAAGACAAGCGAAUGCAUCACUUUGGAGAAACAGAACACGGCUCUCACUCAGCAGUCGAAAUCCCUGAAAGAAGUGGUUGGAAUAGUGAAGGAUUUGCUGAAUAUUCGCAACAUGGAAGUCACCCACCUCCAAGAAGACAUUUCGUCAAUGCAGGAGAAAAUCAACACCGAACGAGUGCGUCAAAAUACAAUAAUCGAGAAAAUGGAACACGUCACAAGGUUGAACGCGAGUUUGAAGGAAGAAUAUCAAAAACAAUAUGCAAAGUUCCAGGAAGUUCGUGAUAUGUAUGAGGAGAAAGUGGCCAUUGUACUAGCUGAGAAUGAGCGACUCAUGGCAUUGCACAAAGAGGCAUAAAUAUGACCAACAAAAUCUGUAUUUUAUGGAACAAAAAUGUACUUUUCAAUGUGAAUAAAAUAUAUUUACUACCAUAA